AAAUUUUUUUAACCCCCGACACAAAAAAUAUAAUCGCGUCUUAGGGUAUCAGCAUUGCUUAGGUGCUAAAAUGUUAUCAUAGCUUGAUCUUGGUAUUGAAUCGAAGAGGCAAACUAGGCGGAAAUCCUACGAUUUUUAGCUGGAUUAUUAUGAAACAGUAAACAAACGGCCAAUCAAGUCGGCGACUGUCCAAAAACAACUUGUCCAUGUUGGGUGCCAUCUCCAGUAACCAUAAAGUGCUUAUCCAUGUCACAAGUUUGUGACAUCUGAUUUGUAACAGUGUAAUCAAGAUUUUUUUUCUCCUGAACAAACAUGGAGGUGGAAUUAUCGGAGAAAUUGAUAUAUUCAAGAUUGUGCAGAAAAUAUCUGCUAGUAUUUUUAUUAGCAACAUUUGCCGAUUGGCUUCAAGGUCCCUACAUAUAUAGAUUGUACACCUAUUACGGAUAUGGCAGUGCCGAUGUCUCGCUAUUGUACGUUGUGGGUUUUGCAAGUAGUACGGCAUUUGGCAUUGUUGUUGGUUAUUUAGCUGAUAAAUUUGGACGAAAGAAACUAUGUGUCGUUUACAGUAUUUUAUACUCUUUAGCUUGCCUCUUGAAGGUUCACAAUAGCUUCAGUGUCUUAUUCGUUGGCCGAAUACUCGGUGGUAUAUCUACGUCCAUAUUAUUUUCUGCCUUUGAAUCGUGGUACAUCGGGCAACAUUUGAUUAAAUAUGAUUUAGAAAAGGAUUGGAUUAAUUUAACAUUAACCAAAUCUACAUUUUACAACGGACUUCUUGCGAUUGUCGCUGGAUUUGUAUCUUCUAUAGUUGUUGACAAGUUAGAUAUGGGUCCCCUAGCUCCAUUUUUAUUAGCAGUCCCAAUCCUCGUAGCUGCAGGUUAUGCCUGUGCUAUUCUUUGGGAUGAAAAUCCUGUUCUCAGUUAUAGUUUUAGAGAAGAAAAGUACGAGAGUAGUUUGAAGUUAAUCAUGAAUAAGCGUAAUAGAAUUUUAUUGUACUUAGGCAUAGUUCAAUCAUUGUAUGAAUCGGUGAUGUAUGUAUUCGUAUUUUUAUGGACGCCAGUCUUGGAACCAAUUCACCCAAGUCAAGGCAUUAUAUUCAGCUUUUUUAUGAUGUGCAUAAUGCUUGGUAGUUACUUUUACACAGUUUUGCAUUCACGUUUUCACUUAUCUUGCGAAAGUCUCUUGAACAUUUCUAUACUUGUUAGUUUUUUCAGUAUUUCUAUGUGCACGUAUGGUUCUUACAUUCAAACGGACAAGUCUAGCGAAGUACUUGGAACUUACCUGUGCUUGUUCUCAUUUUUAUGUUACGAAAUCGCGAUAGGAAUAUAUUAUCCUGCUAUUGGGUACUUGAGGGGAAUUGUAAUUCCAGAAACUCACCGUGCAAGUAUUAUUAACUGGUUCAGAGUUCCUAUGAAUUUAAUGACUUGUGCAAUUUUACUAUACGUUAGGUUUAAGUUACCAUACAAUUAUCAAAUAUUCUUAUUCAGUGCAGUCAGUUUGAGCGUCGCAUGUUUCUCGUCAUCAAGAUUUGUUAACUUAUAUAAUAGAGAUCUCAGAUAUUCUCAGUCAAAAAUAACCGCUGCACACCCUAAUAUACUUCUUCUUUAAAUUUUCAUUCUUUCAUCAUAAUUCCUUGUAAGAUUUCAACUAGAGAUUUCACAGUUACCAAAUAUCAAUAAAAAAUCAAACCCAUGCCUAGUUUGACUGAAUUUUGAAGAGUCUCAGAUGCGCUGUAAAAUUCCCUGAGAUUUACUGUUUUUUUCUAGUUAUCACUAAAUUCCAUGAUGACUGAACACCCUAUUGAUUCAUACUUAGGUCCAACAAAUUAGUUUUGUGUAAUGAAAACUAUUGUAGUCGGUGUUCAGUUAGUCUGCGAUAGAAUAGUUUAGCUCUAGUUGAACUAAUAAAUAUUCUAAAGUUGCAUGAUAUGCUCCCAUGAAUAGCAUAGCU